AUGGCGACAACUUCUUGGGCGACGAACUCGGCAACAUAUGCGAUCUCCGUGACAGGAUUCAAAGUGCUCGACGAGAACCAACUCCCGGUGACGGAGAUCGGUAAGGAUCGGCAUCAACCAGGGUUCAAAAAUGGCUCAACCGAAUCGGCAUUUGCAGCGUUUGCAAUACCUCUUCCGGCCAAGCCCCAUCAUGAUGACCACAAAUCAAAGACAGAGGCCAAAACACUGGCAGGGGGCAUCAUAACUGGUCUGAACGGAUUGAAGAUCGAAGGCUAUUUCAGAUUUGUACAACUCUCCAAUAACGCAGGCGUCAGUGUUGACUUUGUUGUUGAAGGGUUGGACCAAAAAUUCAAGGCCAAAGAGGAUAUCAACUAUCACAUUCAUGAGAAACCAGCAACCAAAGAUUGUUCAGGUUUAGGACCAAAACUCAUAGACUUUUCAAAAGAUCAUAGACCACUCAAAGGAGUCAAGACAAACAGACAGUCUUUUAUUGAUCACACUCUGUCACUUUUUCCUGUUAAAGGCAAGACAAGUAUAGUUGACCGGAGUAUCACCAUUCAUGAUGGGGUCACCACCAACUAUCUUGGCUGUGCCACCAUUCUUGUAUGA